CAAUAUUCUAUUCUAGAAAUUGAUGGUCUAUAAAUUGGCUCCCGUGUCGUGAGGGUUUGGCAUCAGAGUGAAUUUGAAACUAUUGACGGUUGUAAGAAUGGCGACAAUGGGCCAUUUCAGAAUGCUGGUUUUGGCAGUUUUGGCAUUCAUAGGCUUUGCUCAAGCAGAUUUGCAGAUGAAUUUCUAUGCCAAGAGCUGCCCCAAUGCUGAGAAAAUUGUGCUGGAUUAUGUUCACAAGCACAUCCCUAAUGCUCCAACUUUAGCAGCGCCCUUGUUGAGAAUGCACUUCCAUGAUUGUUUUGUUAGGGGUUGUGAUGCAUCGGUUCUUCUCAACUUCACGGCUGAAUCAGGCACCCAAACCGAGAAGAAAGCUGUUCCAAAUUUAACACUGAGAGGAUUUGACUUCAUUGACAAAGUGAAGAGCUUGCUGGAAGCUGAAUGCCCUGGCAUAGUCUCUUGCGCAGACGUCCUUGCCUUGGUUGCAAGAGACUCCAUUGUUACCAUUGGUGGCCCUACUUGGAAAGUCCCAACUGGGAGAAGAGAUGGAUCCAUCUCAAGUGCCACAGAAGCCCAAAACAACAUCCCUGCACCAAGUUUCAACCUAACUCAACUUGAAUCAAACUUUUCCAACAAAGGACUCGAUGUUAAAGACCUUGUCCUGCUCUCUGGAGCUCACACAGUUGGAAUCGCGCAUUGCCCUUCUUUCUCAGACCGAUUGUACAAUUUUACUGGACACGGGGAUGAAGAUCCAUCUCUAGACAGUGAAUACGCAGCAAACCUCAAGGCCAGAAAAUGCAAGACACCGACUGAUAACACCACCAUUGUUGAGAUGGAUCCGGGCAGUUUCAGGACAUUCGACCUCAGCUACUACAGGCUCCUCUUGAAAAGGAGAGGUUUGUUCCAUUCUGAUGCAUCUCUAACAACAAGCUCCACUACAACCGAGUACAUCAAGGAACUCCUCCAAGGAUCGCUCAACUUCUUCUCUGAGUUCGGCUCUUCGAUGGAGAAAAUGGGGAGGAUCGAAGUGAAGACUGGAUCCGAUGGACAGAUUAGAAAGAAAUGUGCGCUGGUAAACAGUUGAUGAGAUUGUUUCUUUUUCUACUUGUUUUUAGAUUUAAGGUUGAUAUAUUUAAUUAAUGUGUGUUUUGAAUUUGGAGAUCAUUGUGAUGUGUUGGAUGAAUAAUGAUUUGAUUUGUGAUUCCUUUUCAAUGAGGACAUGUCCAAGAAAGCUCAUAUUCAUAUUCAAUAGAACAUUGUCGGUCUGUAAUUCUUGUGCCAGCA